CCACUUCAAUCUCCUUUCUCUUUCAAUGUCCGUUGGAACCAGACGAAGUUUUCAGACAUAACUACUCUUUCUCUCUGUAAUGUUGCUGUUUGUUUCUCUCUCUAUAAGCAAGCAGUGGUGAUGAUAAUGCCAUAACCAGAGUAGAAAUCACUCGCCAUUUCCAGUCAUGAAUCCCACAUCGGACCCAGCCGCCGCGCUUGCUCCGCCGCCGCACCGUCCUUCCACCUCCUGCGACCGCCACCCUGAUGAGCGCUUCACCGGGUUCUGUCCCUCCUGCCUCUGCGAGCGCCUCUCCGUCUUGGAUCAGAGCAACAAUGGCGCGGCGUCGUCUUCCUCCAAGAAACCGCCAUCCAUCUCCGCGGCGGCGCUCAAGGCCAUCUUCAAGCCCUCCGGCGGCAGCGGCGUCGUUGCCUCCAACGGGAACGGUCGGGUCCGACCCGGGUUCUUCCCGGAGCUCCGGAGGACCAAAUCGUACUCGGCGUCGAAGAACGAGGGGUUUUCCGGCGUGUUUGAGCCGCAGCGUAGAUCCUGUGACGUUAGGCUUCGGAGCUCGCUGUGGAACUUGUUUAACCAGGACGAGCAAAGACACCCAACCACCAAGGAGGCCGGCGGCGAGAUUGAGGUUGAGCCGAGGAAGUCUAGCGUGAGGGAGCCUGUCUUCGAGGCUAAGGAAGAAGGAGAAGCCGAAAACGAGAGCGAAACUGAUCACGGAGGCGAAGACGAAGAUGACGACAAUGACGAUGAUUUCGAAAUCGUGAACGAUUCAAGCGAAGUAACAGGGGAGCGAGGUGAAGAAGAAAUCGUUGAAGAAGACGAACAAGUGAUAGAGGAAGAGGUAGAAGAAGAAAAGGUGAGUCAAGAGGAAUUGAAGCCGAUGAAGGACCACAUAGAUCACGAUUCGCAUGCGAAGAAAUCAUCGGCGAGAGGCAGCUUCUGGUCUGCAGCCUCUGUUUUUAGCAAAAAGCUGCAAAAAUGGAGGCAGAAGCAGAAGAUGAAGAAGCAGAGAAAUGGUGGCGGCUCUGCCAGGCUUCCGGUUGAGAAACCGAUAGGGAGACAGCUUCGCGAUACUCAGUCCGAGAUCGCUGAUUACGGGUUCGGUCGGAGGUCAUGCGACACCGAGCCAAGAUUCUCUCUCGACGCCGGAAGAUUCUCUCUCGACGCCGGAAGAUUCUCCGUCGAUAUUGGUAGGAUUUCGCUCGACGAUCCUCGCUACUCGUUUGACGAGCCCAGAGCUUCAUGGGACGGGCACGUGAUCGGUAGGACGGCGGCGUUCCCGCCGGCAAGAGUACCUCCACCGCCGUCUAUGCUAUCUGUGGUGGAGGACGCGCCGGUGCACCACCACGUGGCGAGGUCCGACAUGCAGAUCCCGGUGGAAGAACCUCCGCCGGCAAAUCCGGAGUCCGACCCGGUUGUACCGGGUGGGUCGGCCCAGACCCGGGACUUUUACACGGACUCUUCGUCGCGGCGGCGGAAGAGCCUCGACCGGUCGAGCUCGAUCAGAAAAACCGCCGCGGCAGUGGCGGCGGAGAUGGACGAGGUCAAACCCGUUUCAAACUCAAAGGUAUCUCCGGCGAUAUCAGUGGAAUCUUACGCAAGCUCAGUGAGGGACGACUGCUCCAUGGAUACGACGGCGGCCGGAAUUUUCCAGCAGCCGAUGAACGGCGAGAGAAAGGGCAAUAAUAACAAUAACAAGAAGCCGAAGAGGGGGAGCAAAUGGAGCAUACUGGGAUUCAUAUACAGGAAGAGUGUUAGCAAGUACGAGGAGGAAGAGGAAGACGACAGGUACAGCAGGUCGAACGGAACAGUGGAGAGGUCGCUGUCGGAAUCAUGGCCGGAGCUGAGGAACGGCGGAGGAGGGUUCGGAAAUGCGAAGAUGACGAGGAGCAACAGCAAUGUGAGUUGGAGGAGCUCAGGGGGCGGAUUAGGGUUUGGAGGGUCAGGAAGGAAGAGCAACGGAGGAUGGUUGGAGAGGAAUAGGAGUUCGAGGUAUUUGCCAAAGGACGGGGAGAAUGGGAUGUUGAGAUUUUACUUGACGCCGGUGAAGGGUGGCCGGAGAUCGACAGCCGGAGGAGGAGGAGGAGGAGGCGGCGGGUGGGAGAAGACGGCGGCUAGGGCAAACAGUCACGGUCAUUCCAUAGCGAGGAGUGUUAUGGGGCUGUACUGAUGAUGGAUCGCUGGUUUUGUUGUUUCUUUCGCUCUUCUUUUUUUUUAAUUUUUAUUUUGGGUUUUGGGUUUAAUGGUUGGGGUUAAUUUCGGUGAAUUGGUUUAAUGUUCACAUUCAAAUGAAGGAAUUGUUGGCCUUUUUCUCUU